UUCGCCUGGAGCGCAUUUGCAUUGUGAUGAAGAGCUGUCUUCGCACGUGGGAGGCUCUGGCAAGCAUCCUGGUUUCUGAACUGUCUAUCAGCUGCAUGGGGAACAGCGGAUAGUUGCUAUAGAGGCAAAGAGGAGUGGAGAGCGCCGAGGAGAAGCGUGCAGACGCACUGACGGCUCUCAGAGACAAAAGGAAAACGCAUCAUCUGCUGAAACGAGUGUGGAGACGCCUCAGUAAGGCAGAGGAAGAGGAGCUUCUGAUUCCUAUAUAUUUCUAUUUUUUUUAGAAGCACUUUGCGAGUAGAUCAUCUAUGGAAGAAGAGCUGGAGUAAGUCAGAGAAGAAACUUCAUCCCUUCAGGGUUUUUUUUACUCUUUUUUUUUUUUUUUUUUCUGCUGUUCACUUGAGGGGCCAAGAUGAACCAAACUGCCUCCGUCUCGCAUCAGAUUGAGUGUCAGCCUGUCAAAGAUAUCAAGGAGUAUGUGGACGUCAGCCCUCCCCAAAGGAACUGGAAGGGAAUCGCCAUCUCCCUCCUGGUGAUCGUCGUGGUCUGCUCCCUCAUCAGCCUGUCCGUGGUCAUCCUCACACCCACCGACCUCCCAGAUACCAGCAGGUCCAGGUUAACCGUGGCCGACCUGUACCAGCCGGAGUUCAGCGUUCACGACCCCGAGGCCACGUGGGUCAGCGAGUCCGAGGUGGUGUACAGGAACAGAGAUGGUCAUGUGGUCAAGUUUAAUUUCAAACUGAAUGAGACGGAGCUCAUUCUGAGCAACAAAACAUUUGUGGACUUUAAAGUGGCAAAGUACUCGCUGUCUGCAGACCUGAAGUACGCCCUCUUUGCCUACAAUGUGAAACCGGUGUACAGACACUCGUACACAGCGUCGUACAGCGUGUACAACAUCUACACAAGGGAAGUAUGGGAGCUCAACCCUCCAGAGGUAAAGAACGCGAUGCUUCAACAUGCAUCCUGGGGCAAACAAGGACACCAGCUGAUCUACAUCUUUGAGAACAACAUAUAUUACCAGUCGGAUGUGCGGAGCAAUUCCCUUAGAAUCACCUCUUCUGGGAUGGAAGAAGUCAUUUUCAAUGGUCUGGCUGACUGGUUGUAUGAAGAGGAGAUCCUGAACUCCCACCUGGCUCACUGGUGGUCACCGGAUAGCGAACGUCUGGCCUUCCUCACCAUCAAUGACUCUUUGGUGCCUAAAAUGGGCAUCCCGCAGUUCACCGGCAGCACCUACCCUCGAGGCCUGCAGUACCCGUACCCCAUGGCCGGUCAGACGAAUCCGGCGGUCAAACUGUCCGUGGUCAACCUGUUUGGUGCGACUCACACUCUGGAGCUGCAGCCUCCAGAUCAUCUCAGACAUCGGGACUUCUACAUCACCAUGGUGAAAUGGAUCAGUGACACUCACCUGGCCGUACGGUGGCUCAACCGGGCCCAGAACUCCUCACUGCUGACAGUGUGCGACACCACUGUAGGAGCCUGUCUGCAGAGACACGAAGAGUCUUCAGAGACGUGGUUAUCCAGACAGACACAGGAGCCCCUGUUCUCCACCGACAGGAGCAGGUUCUUCCUCGCGCUGCCCGUCAGACAGGGAGGUCAAGGAGAUUUCCACCACAUCACCAUGUUCACCAAGCAGUUCAACAGCAAACAGGAUGAAGUUCGACACCUGACGUCGGGACACUGGGAGGUGACCAGAAUCCUAGCGUAUGACGAGAACAACAACGUCGUAUACUUUCUGAGUACGGAGAACGCCACACAACAAAGGCACCUGUACAGGGUGUCCACAUUUGGCUUGUUCCAGCGGCAAUGCCUCACGUGUCACCUGCAGGAGGAGUGCGCCUUUUUGGACGCCGACGUCAGCCCCGACGCUUGGCACGCCAUCCUUCGCUGUCAAGGUCCUGGCGUUCCAUCUGUGCUGCUUCUAAGCUUUGACGAUGAGGAGUCCUACUUCAUCCUGGAGAACAACUCACCACUGCGAGCUGCCCUGCAGAGCCGAAGGUUGACCUCCACGGAGAUCCAGAAGAUCACCAUCGAAAACUAUGCGCUCCCUCUGAAGCUCAUUUAUCCCCCCGACUUCUCCGAGUCCUACUUCUACGCUCUGCUCCUGAUUGUUGGGAGCGCGCCCGGCCAACAAGCGGUGACGGACCAGUUCCACCUGGGCUGGGACUCGGUUCUGUCGGGAUCAGAGCACGUCAUCGUGGCGCGGCUGGACGGCAGAGGCACUGGGUUCGGAGGUCAAAGGCUCCUGCAUCAGGUCUACCACCGGCUCGGUACGGUGGACACAGAAGACCAGCUCGCAGCUCUGGAGUAUCUGACGCAGCUGCCGUUCAUUGAUCGCAAUCGCGUCGGAGUCUUCGGGGAGGGAUAUGGAGGUUUCCUGACUCUGAUGAUGCUCAAGUCGACGGACCAGUUGAUCAAGUGCGCGGCGGUUCAGGCUCCCAUCAUUGACUGGAGUCUGUACGCCUCUGCUUUCUCGGAGAGAUAUCUGGGCUCGCCUUUAACCGAGGAGAACAGAUACCAAGCUUCUAAAGUCCUGCCCAAUCAGAGAGGCCUUCCAGGAGGAACUCUUUUUCUGGCUCACGGCACCGCUGAUGCAAACGUUCACUUCCAGCACUCGGCGGAGCUCAUCAAACACUUCAUCAAGAUCGGCGCCAACUACACCAUGCAGAUCUUCCCGGACGAGGGCCACUUCCUGUCGACGCGCAGCCGGAUCCAGCUGACUCACUCCCUUAUCGGAUAUUUCCGAGGCUGUUUGCUCGACACGCCGCCGCCCCUCGACCAGCGGGACGACGACUGAGGAGGGCGGCGGGGGUUGUUGAUGUUUCCGAGAAGGGGCGCGUGUUUAUGUUUUCCACCUGUAGCACUCUGUUUAAUGAAAAAACAAGAGUCUUUGUGACAUUUCCAACCGGUUUCCAUCACUUCAGCUGAAGGAAGCCCCCGCCGCUCCGAGCACAUCUAAUGUCCAGAGUCGGGAGGGAGGUUUCAGCUGCCAUCAGCCCCCGACCGAGACGUUUGGCAGAAACAUGAGAUGCUUUGUUUUUGGGGAAUGUGGGGCGUCUGAUCUUCAAACAUCAAGCAUUUCCCAUUCUGAUCAGAGAAGGAAAACAUCUCUUUGAACUCGACGUUUCUCCCUUCAAACACGUUUCUGUGAAAAAGUCUUGAGCUCCUUCUUCUUCUUUUCACACCUUUUAUUUUGAAAGUCAAUUUAGGACGAAGCGCAUAAAUAAGUGGACAAAACGGUUUUAUGUAAAAAAUAGAAGAUCAAACUUAUUUUGCUGGACUUAUUUAUUAUUUUAUACCACCUUUGCUAUAUAGUCAUUUACAAUUUAGAAAGGGGUUCAAUUACUUAUAACAUAUAUUCAAUUUUUAGGGGGGUUUAUUUUAUUAAUAAUUUCUAAAUCCAAAUUGCAAAGUUAGUAUUAUUUUUUGUUUCAAAAUUCUUUUUUUAUUAUAAAAUUGCACAGAAACUGUGAGAAGUAAUGUUCAUUUAAUGUUGUGAUUAUUCUAUUUUUAAGUCUUUGCACUCAUUAGUUUAAAAAAGUACAUUUAGCUCAAUUGCUUUUUGUUGACACUGCUCCCUAUUUUAAGUAGUAACACA